AUGCCCAAGAGGCCUCCGCGGGCUAACGAAUGCUACGCCUUGGACAAGGAUCUGGCGGCCUCUUCGACAUGUGGGCAGGCUUUCGACGUCGCGCAGCAAAGCGCUGACAUCAUGGAUGCCCCCAACUGGGCCAACUUAUUCUAUGCGCUGGCCCACUUCAAGAAGAAGGGAGACCGCAGCAUAACUUACGCAAGCCUCCGUAGCGAUCCCCGUUGGUCUGGGAGUUGCCAGAAGCUGUGUUCAUGUUUGGCAGAUCUCACUGCCCGUGAUGCUGCGAAUGUAAUUUGGUCACUGGCGAAUUUAGAUGCCAAGCAGGAGCCACUUUUCCUGCAAACCGCAGAUGCUUUGUGCAACGGUGGGAAACUGGCCGUUUGUGACCCAAUGAGUAUCGCGAAAACUGCUUGGGCGCUAACGAGCAUCCCAAACAGAGACAGGCGACUGGAUCUGUUUGCAAAGCUGGCAGUGCCUGUGGUUCUGCGUGCCGACACCUUCCCUCUGGGAUCUCUCACCAUGAUCUGCUAUGCUUUCGCGAAAGCUGACUUCCGAGACGGGGACGCUUAUGAGGCUUUAUCGGCAGCACUGACGACUCAUAUGGAUGACGAGCUCCGCCCGAUUGAUGUUUGCAACAUCAUUUGGUCCUUCUGCACGGUGGGAUAUCGAGACGACGAGCUUUUUGCAAAGAUAUGCGAGAUAUAUCUCGUUAAGGAGGCAGUGGUGAGCGAGUUCAACCCGCAAGAUCUGACCAACAUCACAUGGGGCUUUUGCAAGGUUGGCUUCGAGCAUAAGCCCGCCAUGGACGUGCUCGUCAAAGUGAGUUACGACCAACGUCAUGUUUUCGAACCCAUUCAUUACGCCAACCUGCUCUACUCCUUCGCCAUGCUCAGAAUGCACGGUCCAGACGGCCUCCUGCUCGCUAUCGCUGAUGCCGCAUCGGAGCGUGUGCAAAAGUUCGACGGUGGCAACCUGGCCAUCGCAGGCUGGGCGCUGGCCACGCUGGGUAUGAGCGAGCAUCCACUGCUCGAUCUCGCCUUGGACCGGGCCGCUCGCCCCGAGCUUUGCGCGACUUUAGGAAGCCGUGCGCUCUCGAUGAUGACAUUGGCAUGCUUCCGCACCCGACGCCCCGAAAAGCUGGAGAGGCUGCUCGAUGUUACGCGCCAAUCUGGCCUUGGCAUCGGCGCAUCCGGCUACUCCGCGGCAGUGAUGGCUGCAGAGCAGAGCUCGGACCACGUUCGGGAGAUUCAGAUUCUCGAGGCCAUGUCCUCUGAAGCGCAAGAUAGUCGCAUGCGAACUGCGGUGGCCAACUCCUUGGCACUGAGGCUUUGGAAGCGUGGUCUGGUUCGGGAGGCUUUCGCUGUCCUGCGAGAUUUGAAUAGAUGUGAGCCGAAGCGGUGGUCUGUUGUGUCCUCGGCACUGGUGGCUCGGCUGGGGGCAGAGUGCGGUGCGCUUGAGGAGGCUGCGGAGAUCCUCGAAACCACCGGAGGUUUCGACAGCCAAGAGUGGGAAGCUCCGGUCACAAGUGGCAUCCACCCUAUGGCGGCCACACGCCAGAACGAGGGAAGCCACGCCUAUACGCGGGAGUUCAUGACCCUCCAUGCCGUCCUGUGCGGUGCACCGCCCGGAGACCCAGAUGCCUGCAUGGCGGCCAUUGAGCGCUUUGCAGAGUCCAGAUCUCUGUGGCUAAAGAUCACGGCAUGGGAGAAGGGCAUCGUAGUGCACGAGGUGGCCCGGCUCUGGAAGCCUCGUCUUAGUGUUGAGAUAGGGGCCUACGUGGGCUAUUCUGCCAUGAACAUCGCACGUGCGGUGCGACACCACGGGGGAAAGGUGGCAAGCUUGGAGGUUGACCCUCUGCACGUCACUUUGGUCAGAAACAUGAUCGAGUAUGCUGGCUUGUCUGACACGGUGGAUGUGUGGACUGGCUACUCAUACGACAGCAUCCCCCACCUGCUAGAAAAAUACGGGCCCCGUUCCGUCGACCUGGUGUUCAUGGAUCAGAAGGGCACACGUUUCCAUAGUGACCUGGCGCUCAUGGAGGAGCUCAACAUACUCUCUGAUCGAGCCGUGAUCUUGGCAGACAACGUGCUGAAACCAGGUGCACCGCUCUACAUCUGGCACCUUGCCAAGGGCAGUUACCAUCAUUGCACGGCGAUCUCGGUUCGGGAGUUUUUGCUCCAAAGCGAGGACUGGAUGGUCAUGGCGUUCCGUGAUGUCUCACGACCCAAAGCGCCCACACCCCCUCCCAGCCUACACCGCCUCGCCUUCGAAUCGGACAACUUCCGCAAGCGCUCCAUGUUUGACGGCGUCGCUCCAAGCAAGUCGGACUGGUGGAAGUUUUCUCAGGGCUUCAUCAAUGGACUAGCGCAGUGUGGCUGCAAGCCCGACAUAGUCGGCUUGCACGGGCGGGAGAAUCCGAAAAUCACGCCGGCUGACGUGGCGAGAAUCUUCGAAACGGCGGGCGUUUUACAUGAGCCGAGCAGGACGGGCACCUGA